GCGGGACGGGAGAGAAAAGAGAGCAUCAUCAGCAUAGUGUACAAGCUAAUACGGACUUGCAUCUCUUGCAUCGCAUCGUCGGCAGACAGAUACCCCGCGGACCUCGGAUCUCUUUUCGCGUGUUUGUCUUUCUUUAUUCCUUCCUCUCUCUUUCUCUUUACCGUCUUCCGCACACUUCCAUACCGUCCGGGAGAAUUCCUUACGAGUUUUCGCGCGCGCACGAGAUGGAGAUCGCCAAAACCAUGUCCCAGUGUUAGCUCUAAGAGGCCUCCUCGAGCGUUUUCGUCCUCACCCGUCGUUUCGCCGAUUACAGGAAAGAGAGAGUUCACUUGGCGAACUUUCCCCGCGUGCGUGUUUCUUGCUCUCUUCCCUCCCUCAACCACACAUACACAGGCUCCAGACCAUUUCACCGAUCGCUCUCGCUCGUUUGGUUGGUGACCAGGUUGACGAAAGAGAAAGAGAGAGGACACGCACGCUUGGUGAUUCGUCAGGAUGGCAGCUACGAUUCGCGUGCACGACGAACAGGAGAACUGCAGGCGGCUCAACGGUGCCAAAGACAGCAACACACUCGGGCUCCAGCAAAACAAACGUGCUGUCCUCGGCGUCCUGUCCAACAACUUCGUCAGGAGCAAUAAGCCUGAACUAUGCAAAGAUGAAAAAUUCAGUAAGACAAGAAGCAACUAUAUACCUCAACUGCCAGUCCACAACGAACCAUUUAGCAUUUACGAGGAUAAGAAAGAAGAACCAACAUUCCAAAUUUAUCAAGAUAAUGUACAAAUUCCAUCCCCGGUUGUUCCUGAUGAUGAGCAGGAAAACAAAAAAGUUGAAGCCUCACAUUUGGCAGAAAUUAGGGUGACGGUGGAAAAAGAUUUUACGGAAAUUCAUCAAAAUGGAAAAAGUGUAGCCAACAGACUCAAUCGGUCGGCUCUUCAAGAAAUAAAAAUAGAGCAGCUAGAAAAUGAUCUACACAAGGAUAGUCCCAUGUCUCUAGACAGGUCUGUGAUUUACCCUGGCUCAGAAAAAAAAGAUUCGAAAUCGAAAAAAGACAUAUACAAGUCAACUAGAACAAAUUUUUAUGACAUUGACGAAUACAGAGCUGAUAUUCAUCAAUACUUUAAAUCAGUUGAACAACUACACAGACCAAAACCUGGAUACAUGAAGAAACAACCAGACAUCACACAUUCGAUGAGGACGAUAUUGGUUGAUUGGCUUGUUGAAGUUGCUGAGGAAUAUCGCUUGCAUACCGAAACGCUGUAUUUGGCUGUUUCUUAUAUCGACCGAUUCUUGUCAUACAUGAGUGUAGUUCGAGCUAAACUGCAACUUGUUGGUACAGCUGCCAUGUUCAUCGCGGCGAAAUACGAAGAGAUUUAUCCACCAGAGGUUGUCGAGUUUGUGUACAUAACAGAUGAUACCUACACAAAAAAGCAAGUUUUGAGAAUGGAACACCUGAUAUUAAGAGUACUGGCGUUUGAUCUGACCGUUCCGACACCUCUUGCUUUUCUGAUGGAUUAUUGUAUCAGCAACAAUCUCCCGGAAAAAGUCCAGUACUUGGCCAUGUUUUUGUGUGAACUGUCGCUGCUCGAAGCUGAUCCGUACCUACAUUUCUUACCAAGCCACCUGGCAGCAUCUGCAGUUGCCCUGGCACGACACACGUUACGAGAAGAAGUGUGGCCUCACGAACUUGAGCUGUCCACUGGAUAUAGCCUGCACGAUCUGAAAACUUGUAUUACUCAUCUGCACAGGUCGUUCAAGAAUGCACCCGAUUUACCGCAACAAGCCAUUCAAGAAAAGUACAAAAACAAAAAGUAUGAACAUGUAUCACUUCUCUUACCUCGUGAUACAAUGCCAUUUGAGGGUGAGGACUCGGAAAGCCCCUAAAACGAUUAUUUUAAUCCGUAUUUAGAACUGUAUCGUAACGAACCUCCUGUGCUUGCUUGUCAAGGGCCUUUUGGGAGGGGAUCUAGGAAAGACUGAAGAAUUUUUUUUUUUUUUUUUCAAUCAAAAGAAAAAGUGCUGAAAUUGUUUUAGCAUAUCUGUUAGUCAUCCGGAUCGGAAGUUUUGUACGUGGUAUUUAUAGUAUCAAGCUGUCCAGUGGAGAUUGUCUCCAUUAAACUACAGCAGUGUGCCUGUUUCGGUAUAAAUUUUUUUAUAUACGAUGUACACCGAGCUUCUUCGUUGUAUUGAAGAAGAAAGUUCUUUCAAGUAA